CCUCAAUUAGUAUUGACCUCAAUUAGAAUUCCUACCUUAAAGGAGAUCCAUCAAAACAUCCUUAUAAGACAAUCCCACCAACCCAAUCCUCAAUCAUCAAACCUAAUUAAUAAUCCCAAAACAUUACCUAAUAAACAUGCAGGGUGGCAAAUAUGCUAGUCUUCUCUUCCUUGUAUGCAUCGCAAUUGGCGCUUCCAUGGCCAUGGCCGACGCCCCUACCGCCGAGGGCGGUGAAAGCGAAAGCGAAAACAAAACCGAAAACGUUGACCUGACGACGAGCACAAAGCUUCUGUCCGGCUUUACAGGCGGCGCCGGCGGCACUCAGAGAGGACUUCCUGUGGUAGGGUUUAAUCUUUUGGAUCCUUUAGGGUUCCAUAAGCACAGUAGGGAUAUCGUUCAAGCGGCGAUUAAACUCCCCAGGCCGAAGGAUUAUAUCCUGUCGUUUAUGCGCGUCUCUGCGGAGCAGUUUAGGGGAGCGAUAAACAAUGUGGCGGAGAUGGCGAAACAGGCGGACGAUUCGUUGAAUAAAAUGGCGGUGGAUGAUUGUAAGGAGCUGUUGAAUGACGCCAUUGAUGAGCUUCAGGAAUCCUUGUCGUCCGUCAGCGAUUGUCCGAUCAAGUUACUGAUGCAGAUAUUAGUUGAUCUCAAAAAUUGGCUUAGCGCCGUUCUCACUUACUCCAAUACUUGCAUUGAUGGAUUCAGUAAUCCGAAUCUUCAAUCCAACAUUCAUAAUUUCCUUAAAGCUUCCACUCUGCACGCCGGUCAGGCGCUCUCCGUCGUCACCGUUAUCCCGCAGAUCCUCGCCGGAUUAAAAAUCCACGGCCACGGCCACGGCCAUGCGAACAUGGGCGCCUCCGGCGGGGUAGGCUUCGGAGCACACAUGGGCGGCGGCGGCCAUGGAGGUUUCGGUGGAAUGGGUGGAGGCGGCGGCGGCGGUCAUGGAGGGUUUGGUGGAAUGGGCGGCGGCGGCGGCCAUGGAGGGUUCGGUGGAAUGGGGGGCGGCGGCGGCCAUGGAGGGUUUGGUGGAAUGGGUGGCGGCGGCGGCGGCCAACAGUUCCCGAUGUGGAUGCCGAGAGCCGACCGGAGAUUAUUAAUGUCAAAGCAGGGAGGAGGACCCGGCCGCGGCGGCGUAGAGCUGCGACCGAACGCGGUGGUGGCGAAAGACGGCAGCGGACAAUUCACCACCAUAACCGACGCUCUGGCCGCGUAUAAACCCAAGAAGAACGAUAAUUCCACGAGACACGUCAUCUACGUAAAAGCCGGAGUUUAUAACGAAGACAUUCUUGUCCAAAAGAAACAAAUUAAUCUCUUCAUGUACGGAGAUGGGCCCCGCAAGACGGUUAUAACGGGCAAAAAGUGCUUCCGAGAUGGCGUAUCCACGUUCCGAACCGCGCCUUUUUCGGUGGUGGGUAACGGCUUCAUCUGCAAAUCCAUGGGAUUCGAGAACACGGCGGGGCCGGAGGGGCAUCAGGCGGUGGCGCUGCGAGUCCAAUCGGACAUGUCGGCGUUCUACAACUGCAGAAUGGACGGUUACCAGGACACUUUAUACGCGCACACGCACCGCCAAUUCUACAGCAACUGCGUCAUCUCCGGCACGAUCGAUUUCAUCUUCGGCGACGCGGCGGCGGUGUUCCAGGACUGCACGAUCGUGGUGCGGAAGCCGAUGGACAAUCAGAAGAACAUCGUGACGGCGCACGGACGGACGCAUUUCGCGGAGCCGACGGGGCUGGUGAUCCAGAACUGCCAGUUCGUGGCGGAGGACGGUCUGAUUGCGAAGAAGGCGCAGAUUAAGUCGUACCUGGGGAGGCCGUGGAAGCCGUACUCGAGAACGGUGAUAAUGGAGUCUACGAUCGGGGAUUUCAUCGAUCCGGAAGGGUGGAUGCCGUGGACCGGAACCCUAGGGCUUGAUACUCUGUAUUAUGCGGAGUACAGGAACCGCGGCCCGGCGGCGGAUACGUCGAGGAGGGUGAAUUGGAAGGGGUAUCACGUGCUGAGGAACUCCAAGGAAGCUAUGAAGUUCACCGUUGAUCCAUUUAUUCAAGGAAGCGAGUGGCUUCCGGCCACCGGAGCGCCAUUCUUCGUCGGCCUGAAAGCCGCCAAGUAAAAAUUAAGCUAAGUUUCAUGACUAGUAUAGAUAGACGACUAUAGAAUAUGAAUGUAUGUAUAAUGUAUGUAUGUAUGUUUCUCCGACAUCUGAGACGACAGACAAUGAGUUGUCCGAUGUUGUUGACUAGUGUUGCCUUUGGUUGUUGUAAUAUAGUAAUAUAGUUUCCUGAAAUAAAAUCGACUGUGCAGUUUGUUAUCAUCUUUCAAA